AUGGAGCCACUACCUCAGCCAGCUUGGAAAUUUGACUUUACCAUUUCUAACAAGCAAAUGGUGUCCAAGUACCGGGCCAGAGCUCAUACAUUCUGCGUUCUGCGGUACGAUAUAACAUUACGGAUCGAGCUAUCAUGGAAACGUGCUGCUGUAUCUGGCGGUUGCGCUAGUGGUUGGUAUCCGGGAAUUUGGGCACAGUCGCCAACGAAACAGCUGACAGCGAAGAAACCCUCCCGCUUCUAG